UAAUAUUAUUUUUUUUUUCAUUUACUUAUUACUCUUUACUUUUUUUAUUUCAAUAAAUAUAAAAUGUAUAAAUAUAAUUUUAAAACAAUAAAUUUAGCUAUAAGAUCAUUCAGUACUGGUGGAAAGAAUAGAGUUUAUACAUCAGAUCACCAAUGGGUAGAAUGGAGCGACAAAGAUAACAAAGCAACUGUUGGUAUUACAGACCAUGGAAGAAAACAACUUAAAGGAAAAAUCAACACCGUCUAUACUCCAAGAGUAGGCCAAAACUAUAAGAACGAUGACCUUUUAUAUGUAGUUUCAAGUGACCAAUUUAUGGUUAAGUUCAUGAACCCAAUCUCUGGUACUGUCACCAAAAUUAAUGAAAAAGUAAUAGAACAACCAGAAUUAGUUAACAAUGAUUGCGAAAAUACUGGUUGGCUUGCCAUUAUUGAAACAAAAAGCAACGAUAAAGAUAAUAAGAAACUUUUAUCAAAAAAAGAAUAUGAUGAAAUGACCAAAAGAACUAAAUAAAUUUCAAAAAGAGAUCCAAUUAAAAAAGCAUAUUAAAUAAACUUUUUAAAUUUUUUUAAAUUUAUUGAAUUG